UUAUAUAUAACUCCAUAGGUGAGAUUAACUUCUCCUUUUCCUCUUUUAAUGAAAUUGAAAUUAUUUUACUCUAUCACUCUUAAAAACCCCCUUUAGCACAUGAUGACUUUUUAAAUAUUAGAUCUUAAGCAUUGUUUGUUUUCCCAGUUAAAUAGGCCCAAUUAAUUUACCCUUCCCUCACUGGUCUUUUCCAUACUUAGGUAUAAACUCCUUUAGACAGGAAUAUGUCUAUUUUAAUGGAUUAUGACCAAUGGGUGAUAAGGACUACCCUAUUACAUGUAGCAGUACUUCCUCAGGAGGACAAGUGUAGUGGCUAAUGUUUACUUCAAGCUUGCUGUAUGUCAGGUACUAUUCUAAGAGCUAUAAGUGGAAUUAAUUGAUUCAUUCCUCAUUAAGUAUUUUUACUAACUCCAUUUUACAGACGAGAAAAUUCAGGCAUGGAAUGGUUAAGUAAUCUGCACAAGUUUCAAAGCUUGGAAGUGGCUAGUGAUCAAUGGAAACAAAUGUGGUAUAAAUCUUCAUUUCUUUCAUCGUUUCCUCAACAACUAACCAACUUCCUCUACAGAGGCUCAUAUUCUCUACAGAUACUUCUCUUGAAAUUAAAUAAUAAUAAGGCAAAAAAUGAGAACUGAAUCUUUCUCACUGGUCCAGAUCCAUGAAGUCCACAGUUUCCAGUAUAAUUUCUAGUUCAUUGGUCAGUUUGCAAUACUUUCACCUGCCCUUAGAAAUACUUAAACUAAUUGUAUCCAAAAAUAAACCUGACUAGAUAUUGUUCAAGUAUUUUAAUCUUUAUAAUUAAACUAGUCUCUAGUUACCAGAGGUAGUUUUGUUUGCAGAUACUAUUUAUAUAUGAUUAUUUCUUACAAGUCUUUCUGCCACAGAGAAAAUUGUGUGUAAAAUGCAAAGGGAAUAAGUAGGAGAAAAUUAAACUCAGGCUUCUUUUUAGAAGACCUCUAUUGGCUUACAAGAAUUUCCAAACCCAUAUUAGCAUCUUAGAAAAUGAAUUUUACAAAAGUGAAAAAUAAAUUUCUUUGAACUUCUCUCUAUCCCUGUAUGGAUAUGAUGAAAACAUAAGCAAUCUGUGGUCAUGAACAAUUAGAACUUGAAAGUGAGUUCUGUUUCUAAGUAUCAAUAUGAAGAAUAAAAUAAAAAUCACCCAUAAUCCCAACAUUCAGAAAUCAUUGCUCAACAUUUCAGCACAUUGUUUUUCAGUCUUUUUUUUUUUUUCAAUUUUUUUAAACAUAGUAAAUAGGCUAUCUUUGAAUAGGCUAUCUUUGAGUUUUACUUGAACUAUUUAUUCAAGAAUUUUGUCCCCUCAUCCCCAGGAAAAAAGUGCUAUUGUCUCCCUGCCCUCCUGUAAUGUAUUCAUCUCCUUCAAAGGCAAUUCAAAUUAUUGACAGAAAAAUUAUUUUAGCUACUCUGCUGUUUCCUAUUUGGAAGAUAAAUUCUUCAAUUAAGAUUAAAGAUUAACAAAGCCCUAGAUGAUUAGUUCCUGUUAUUUCCCAAGGUGACUUAGCUCUUCUCAGUUGGUAAUUCUUACAGAUGAUGUUUGAAGGUACACACAAUGAAAGGGUCCAAUUUAAGACCAAUGAAAGGGUCAAAUUUAAGACCUCUGAACCCCUGCUCUCCAUCUCUGUUAAUGGCCUUCCUGGUGUCAGAGAUUUGUUUAAUGAUCAGUAGUGGUUUCUCUUCCUACCACUGAGUCUUUCAGAAAGUAGGCAUAACCAAGUCAAUGUUUAACUGGAUUCUUUGGGUCUGAAAUGGCAAAGUAGGAGUUGAAGGGCAGUCUCCAUGGAAACCAGCCUCCCAGGAAGUGGCCAAAGUGUUAGUGUGUAGUGAAAUAAAGCUACACAGAUGUUAUGAAGGAAACGACUGCUUUAGAGCUGGGUUAACUUCGGAAAUCCCUUGAUUAAAACAAGCUAUAUUAAAGACCCCAAACCACUAACCUCAUGGUUUUACACUGAGUGUCUUUAAUGUGAAAUGGGCCUGAGCCACUCUAAGGCUCACCCAAGGGUGACCAAGGUAGCGCCUUUGCAAAACAAAGAGGAAGAGACUCCCUCAGCCGGCCCUGUGGACUUUGUAUUCACUGAGAAUCCAGAAGAAAAGAGCUCAUAUUCGUUUGCAAGACUGGAGGAACGGAAUAAAGCUUUGGAAGGGCAGUUGCCACCUCUAAGAGAGACCUGGUAUGGAAGAUAUUCUGCAGGACCGAGGGCCAUGUAUUUUGACAUCCCACUGGAACAGGGAGAAACAAGUAUUAUUAAAAGGCAUCCACCCCGAAGACUUCAAAAGCUUGAACCCAUUGACCUGCCACAAGUAAUUACUUCUGAAAGGCUCCUGAGCCAGGAAGAAGCUGGGAGGACUCACAAAGCCAAGCAGGAACUGGAAAAGAAGAUGCAAACUGUAAUGUAUCCUUCUGGGAAAAGACAAUAUUUACAUAAGAUGCAAAUGCUGGAAAUGAACCGUAAAAGACAAGAGGCCCAAGUGGAAUUGAAGACAAGUCUUCACAAGGAGGCAAGAACUAAUAAGCAGAAACAGAGGGACCAUAAAGUCAAGAAAAUCCUUCAAAGCAUCCCAAGAAAUGACGAUGGUGACUUUCUAACCUUGUUGCCUGAUGAAACCUUGAACAGAAGUCCAGAAAAUACACAGAAUGCAGAAUUUCUGGAACAUCAAGCAAGUAAUGACUAUUGUCCCCAGAAAAUUGGCAAAUUGGAAACAUGGUUCCGUGAACGAGAGGCUCGUGGACAGCUUCUCUGGGACAGUUCCAGCUCUGACUCAGAUGAGUUGGGGAAAGACGAGAAGAAACCACGAGCACUGGUGAGGACCAGGACAGAGAGAAUUCCACUUUCUGACGAGUUUUUUGAUUGAGAAUAAUAAUACUAUUCACUAACCUAGAUACUGAGUGCAUUGAAAGCUUACUUUCGUUUAAAAAUUCUCCAAGGUAGUAUAUGAACUAUUUUGAGGACACCAAUUCACUUUCUUUUCAUUUUGAAAUCCUAAGAUUAAACAAGUGAGAUAUAUUGUUAAUUAUACUACAUAACUAACUGCCUCAAAACUUAGGGGCUUAAAUAACAGCCACUUAUUGUCCAACUUUUCUGUGGGUUGCUGGGCUCAGUUGGGUGGUUCUUCUGCUGGUGUCUUUUGAAGUUUUUCAUGCUGUUGAAGCCAGAUGGCAGCUGGAGUCCUCUGGAGGCUCGACCAGGACACUGAGACAGCUGGACCUCGCCCCCUCUCUGUAUCAUCCCAGAGCCUCCUCAUGUGGAUUCCCCAAGUGCUCUCUCCUGCAGGGUAGUGAAUUUGCUUUUAUGUCAGCCCAGGGUUCCCCAAAGCAAACGUUCCCAGAGGAGGAAAAGCUGCCCAUCCUCUUAAGUCUAAUUCAUGGAACGGGCCCCAAAUCACUGCCCCACAACACACACUCGAUUGGUUACUACAAGUCAUAGGCCAGGUCACAGGUAAUGAAAAAGGGGCUACACAAGGCAUCAAUUCCAAAGUGUGGUCUAUUGGGGUCCAUCUCUGAGACAUGGCACCCCACUGUUUUAAAAGCAAAUUAUUUCUUAUAAAACAAAUAGAUGAGAGAGUAAAUUUGAUAGAAAUAAAAAUGACUUUUUAAAGAAAAGUCACAGUGAUGCUACAGUAGACAGUAAGCUCACUUAAGUCACUUUCCUGUGAGUUAGAAACUUGUUACCUCAUAACAGAGAGGCUAUAGGAAAAAGGUAAAAUAAUGUCAAGUGUGGAACAUCACUGUGAGUUGAAACUCAAAAUUAAAUGAAGAUCCCUUAGAUUAUGAUGUAGCUCUUAGAACUCUUCCAAAGGAAACUUAGAAAUGUUCAGUCCAAAAGUGAUUAUAUUUACAAAAUUAAAAUAUUUUUUACCCUUCAAGCAAUCUACUUUAUUCAGAUUUUACCAGUUACAUGUACUCGUUUGUGUGUGUAUUUAGUUCUGUGUAGUUUUGUCACGUGCGUAGAUUCAUGUGAGCAACCUCACAAUCAGAUACAGAGAAGUUCAAUCACAAGAAUCCCUUGUGCUAUCUAUAGGGGCCCCCAAAGUAGAUUUUUAGGCAAUUUUAAGAACUUCUUUUGUAUAAAAUUUGACUCCACUUUUAGCAUAACCUAAAAAUAUUUUUAAGCCAUCCAGAAGCUUCUAAGAAUUUAGAGAAUUUUAAAACAAAGUAAAACAAAAAUACCUUUUAAGCCUUCUCUAGGAAACUUCCAAAAAGAAAACAAUAGAAACACCCCCUGAAUUUGACAUUCAGUGCAUUCAGAUCAGUCACUAAGAAGAUAAAAAGACUGCUGUGUCAAGGGAUGAACAUUCAUGUUUCUUCCAAGGACAGAGACAAUUAACUAGGUCAUCCCGGGGCAUUUUUACUCCCAGUUCUUUGCAAGCAGCAUUCUUACUUUUUCUUUGGUAGGUAAAAAGCGUAUUUCCUACAAAGGAAUGCAUAGAUUGUUUGACCAGUUAGCCUGUUUGGAAAAGUAAGAUCCUUCUUUUUUUUUAAUUGAAGUACAGUUGAUUUACAAUGUUGUGUUAGUUUCAGGUGUACAGCACAAUGAUUCAGUUAUAUAUAUGUGUGUGCAUAUAUAUAUAUAUAUAUAUAUAUAUAUACACAUGUAUGUGUAUACAUAUGUAUGUGUGUAUAUAUAUAUAUAUAUUCUUUUUCUGAUUUUUUUCCCUUAUAGAUUAUUACAAAAUAUUGAAUAUAGUUUCCUGUGCUAGACAGUAGGUCCUUGUUGGUUAUCUUUUGUAUAUAUAGUAGUAUGUAUAGGUUAAUCCCAGCCUCCUAAUCUAUCCCUUCCCCAGCCCUUUCCCCCUUGGUAACCAUAAAUUUGUUUUCUAUGUCUGUGAGUCUCUGUUUUGUAAAUAAGUACAUUGUAUCUUUUCCAAAAUAAACAAAUGGGACCUAAUUAAACUUAAAGCUUUUGCACAGCAAAGGAGACAACCUACAGAAUGGGAGAAAAUAUUUGCAGAUGAUGUGACAACUGAGAAGGGAUUAAUUCAAAAAAACAACCCAAUCAAAAAUGGGCAGAAGAUCUAAAUAGACAUUUGGGUAAAGAAGACAAACAGAUGGCCAACAGGCACAUGAAAAAAUGCUCAACAUCACUAAUUAUGAGAAAUUAUGGCCAUUCUGACCAGAGAAAGGCAAAUCAAAAUCUACAAACAAUAAAUGCUGAAGAGGGUGCGGAGAAAAAGGAAAUUUUCUACGCCACAGGAGGGAAUGUAAAUUGGUGCAGUCACUAUGGAGAACAGUAUGGAGGUUCCUUAAAAACUAAAAUAGAGUUGCCAUAUGAUCCUACAAUUCCACUGCUGGGCAUAUAUCCUGAGAAAAUAUAUUUUUAAAAGACACAUGCACCCCAAUGUUCACUGCAGCACUAUUUACAACCGCCAAGACAUGGAAGCAACCUAAAUGCCCAUCGACAGAUGAAUGGAUAAAGAAGUUGUGGUACAUAUAUACAAUGGAAUAUUACUCAGCCAUAAAAAGGAAUGAAAUUGGGUCAUUUGUAGAGACGUGGAUGGAUCUAGAGACUGUCAUACAGAGUGAAGUAAGUCAGAAAGAGAAAAACAAAUGUCGUAUAUUAACGCAUCUAUGUGGAACCUAGAAAAAUG